UUAUUAUUAUUAUUAUUAUUAUUAUUAUUAUUAUUAUUAUUAUUAUUAUUAUUAUUAUUGCGACGGGCAUGGCCUAUUGACUUGGUCCGCCCCCACAUUUUAAGUACUAGGCAACGAACACUAGCGACAUUGAACAGUUUAAUACGAGGCUUCACAGAUCAAAACACAGCCACGGAGAAAUGAGUCAAAGCUAUUCGACUCAUGUUCACUUUUACAUUCAGCUUUUAAGCUCUUGCGUUCCCAUUGUAUGUCCAAGUUCUUAAUCCAGAAUACCAAUCUGCCUUUCAAGUUACUAUUCUGACCUCGACUCUAUACUAGCUAUCGCUACAGUCGGAAAGAGCAUAGGUCGUGCGAAGAGCACAGCUACACAAUGGCUUGGGAACCACCUCCAGACUUUCUCCCUGCCGCUGCUCCCAAAGAAGCGCACAUGCGCAAGGUCGACUGGGAAAGCGCCGGGGAAAAGUUGAUAGGAUAUAAAAACUACAUCGCCUUUAUUAUCGAUAACGCAUUCACCGAAUCCGAAUGUCAACAGCUCAUCAAGGCUGCGGAAGCGAGCACCAUCACCCCAGAUGUGCCAACUCCAAAGUGGGCACGCGCCAUGGUCAAUGCCGGUAACGGUAAAGAGACCAUGGUGACAGAUACGCGAAAUUGCGGACGGAUUCUCUAUGACGCCCCAGUUAUUGCGAAGAGGAUUAUGGACCGUCUCAGGCCGUUCUUGAUUGAGUGUGGCGUUGAUACUAUUUACGAUCAAGGCCAUAUCACAGGUCUUGGGCCCGUGAAGCGUAAGGAAACAUUGCAAAUGUCGCGGCUGAAUGAACGCUUGCGCUUUCUCAAGUAUGAGGGGGGUGAGUAUUUUCGUACGCACUAUGAUGGGGCGUAUGUGACGCCCGAUGGGAAGGAAAGAUCACUUUUCACGAUCCAUCUGUAUCUGAACGGAGACGGAGAGCAGGAUCUGAGUGAGUUGGCAGAGGCAGAGAAGAGAGUGAAUGAGGAUGGAACGUAUACGAAUAUGGACCCUUCCGGCAAGCUGUUGGGAGGCGCUACCUCUUUUCAUCCCGAUUUCAUGGGCAGUGAUGAUGGUGGUCUGAGAAUUUUCCCGAAGACUGGGUCGGUGCUGCUCUUUCAGCAGAGAGAUUUAUGGCAUGCGGGAGACGAUGUCUACCGCGGGGUGAAGUAUACGAUGAGGACAGAAAUCAUGUAUAGUAAGGUUGAUCGCUCCUGAGUUUUAUGCUGUCCUGUAAACAUAAGAGACCUUUUGGGGAAGUGGACAAGUCCUCAGAGAAUCCAUUGUGAACAAUAUUGUCGCAGGUCAACCGAGGGUUACUGUAUACUUCAGCCAAGGACGUAGAAGAUC